CUGGUGUCCCAGUAUAUAGCAGGGUUAAAGAGUACAGAGGUAUUGACCCGAUGUGGCAGUGCACUGGCCCUGGGUUCUCUACCAAGGUUCAUGAUCCAUGGAAAACUACACCUGAUCCUGUCAGGUCUUCAGCAGAGCUGUAGUCAGAGGGAGGUGUGCUUCACAGAGGCCAGGAGAGAUGCUGCCAAGGCCAUGGCACAGGUGUGUGUGACAGCGGGGGUAUCAGCCCAGGGUGGUUCUGAUUCUGUGGUGUGUGAGGGGAAUGUGUCGGCUGUCUACAGAGCUCUGCUGGACUGUAUGACUGACUACACACUGGACAGCAGAGGAGACGUAGGAGCCUGGGUGAGAGAGGCAGCCAUUACCAGCCUGAUGGAGGUGACUCUGUGUGUGGUGGGCACUGCUCCACAACUACUCUCACCAGGCCUGGUGAAUGGUAUGAUGUGUAGCUUGGCCCAGCAGUCAGCAGAGAAGAUCGACCGCUACAGAGCCCAUGCUGGAUCAGUGUUCGUCAGGCUCCUCCAUAGUAACAACCCUGCAGUACCUCACAUCCCCCACCGAGAGGAGCUGCUCGCCAUCUUCCCUACUGAAGGGGCAGAGGGUCUGAACUGGAACGCUCCGUCUCAGGCCUUCCCCCACAUCACCCAGCUGCUCAGACUGCCCCAAUACCAGUACCACACACUGCUGGGGUUGACUGUGUCUGUAGGAGGACUGACUGAGUCUACGGUACGUGUCUGUAGCCCUGUGUCUGUAGCUCUGUGUCUGUAG